AUGAAUUUAUUCAUUUUUUUGUCUUUAUUCAUUUUAAUAAAAUUCCCUGCAGCAGAAACAAAUGAUAUUUGUAAUCAUGGACAAUUGAUUUCAACUGUUAAUGAAACUGAAUUCGAUUGUAAAUGUGAUCGUGGUUGGAUCAAUUCAAAAGAUCAAACAAAUUAUUGUAAUUAUGAACAAAAAUCUCAAUUGGCAUCUUUUCUUCUUUCAUUUUUUCUUGGACUUUUCGGUGCUGAUUGGUAUUAUUUAAGUGUUGGAAAUGGUGGUUAUAUAGCUGGGGCUAUUUUUAAAAUGUUAACUCUUGGUGGAUUUGGUAUUUGGUGGUUAGUUGAUUGGAUUAGAAUCUUAACAAAUGCAUUUCCUGAUGGAAAUGGACAACCAUUACUUCCAUGGAAUCCAUGA